CGCGGGCUGCACCUCGGCGCGGCGGCCGCGGGCGAAGACGACCUGUUCCUGCACAAGAGCCUGAGCUCCUCCACCGCCAAGCGCCUGGAGGCGGCUUUCCGCUCCACGCCCCCGGGCAUGGACCUGUCCCUGGCACCGCCGCCGCGGGAACGCCCGGCGUCGUCGUCCUCCUCGCCCCUCGGUUGCUUCGAGCCGGCGGACCCCGAGGGGGCAGGGCUGCUGCUGCCGCCGCCCGGAGGAGGAGGCGGCGCUGGCGGCGGGGUGAGUGUCCCCGGGCUGCUCGUGGGCUCGGCGGGCGUGGGGGGCGCCCCGAGCCUCGGCAGCCUGCCGGCGGGGGCCGCCCUGUGCCUCAAGUACGGCGAGGGCGCGGGCCGAGGCUCGGUGGCCGAAAGCAGCGGCGGCGAGCAGAGCCCCGACGACGACAGCGACGGCCGCUGCGAGCUGGUGCU